UCAACACAACAGAGCGCUGCCACCCAGCUCACACAAAAGCAGCAGCUAGCUAAGUUUAGGAUAGUGUGUACAGUGAGUCAUGGACAGCUCACAUAAAGAAUACAGCACGAAGAAACUAGCUAAAUGACUGACGCUCUGCCUGUGCGAGACGGUAAUGGAUCAUGACUGGGAUAAGAUGAAAAGUUUAAAGUUGGUCUCACUCGCUGUGCCAGUCGUCCAGCUAGCUAGCUCAGGCUAGCUAACGUUAGCCUGUCAGCUAAGUAAAACAAAGCGAGCUAAUGAGAGGCGUUUUUGUUCACGCACACCUUCUUGGUGCUCUUUAGCAGCUUCUGUGGUUCAUAUGCAGUUGAGAGCAGAAGUCGAGAGGGGGACUUGCUCUUCUGAGCGAGGCUCUGUCUUACUAAACUUCGUUAUCUAACAUCGAGACGACAGUCUGACUCCAAGAAGCUAGCUAGCUGGCUCAUUAAGUAAGCAGAACCAUGUCUGACCCAAGUUCCUGGAGUGGAGUAGGGAGCAGCAAAUCUCACUUCGUGACUGGUGCGAUGCUUAAGCGGUCCAAAAGUUGCCGCAGCAGUAACAGGAAAAGUCUCGGUGUUGGAACGCCGUCACCAACACGUCCUCUGUCUCCCCUCUCGGUCCACACAGCUGCCAGCAGCCCUUUAGAUAGCCCAAGAAAUGUGUCUGCUAUUGCCUCUCUCAACUUCCCUUUCGCCCGCAGCCACCUGGCUCGAGCUGACAGAGUGGAAGGUAGAAGGUGGUCACUGGCCUCUCUUCCAUCAUCUGGCUAUGGCACCAAUCCCCCCAGCUCCACUGUCUCUUCCUCCUCCUCUUCCCAAGAACGCUUGCACCAGCUUCCAUACCAGCCAACACAGGAUGAGCUCCACUUCCUGUUCAAACACUUCCGUAGCUCUGAGAGCAUGACUGAUGAGGAUGGCCGACCUUCAUCGUUCAUACGCCCACGGUCCCGUAGUCUUAGUCCUGGAAGAACAAGUGGCUCAUUUGACAACGAAACUGUGAUGAUGAAUCAUGUUUACAAGGAGAGGUUUCCUAAGGCCAUUACUCAAAUGGAGGAGCGCUUGCUGGACAUCAUCAGGCAUUGCUCUCCAGACAGCACUUUGCCUUUGGGAGAUGGCGUGCUGGGCUUCAUCCAGCACCAGCUGGUGGAGCUGGCCAGAGACUGCCUGGACAAAUCUCAGAAAGGCCUGGUCACCUCCCUCUACUUUCUAGAGUUGCAAGAGAAAUUAGAGAAGCUGCUGCACGAGGCACUUGAGCGUUCAGAGAGCGAGGAGGUCACAAUAAUCACUCAGCUUGUGAAGAAGAUUCUUAUCAUCAUAUCCCGCCCCGCAAGGCUAUUGGAAUGUCUGGAGUUUGAUCCUGAGGAGUUUUAUCAUCUGCUGGAGGCAGCAGAAGGUCAUGCUAAAGUUGGCCAAGGCAUCAAAACGGACAUUCCCCGUUACAUCAUCAGCCAGCUGGGCUUGAAUCGAGACCCCUUAGAUGAAGUCAAUCAGCUAGAGGAACACUUUGAGUCUGGGCCCUCCCUCAAUGUGGAAACUGAAGACUCAGAACAGAUUAAGUCUGUGCUCACCCCACCACGAAGGAAACCACUAGAGAGUGACUUUGAAACCAUAAAGCUGAUCAGCAAUGGAGCUUAUGGGGCCGUGUACCUGGUGAGACACAAAGAAACUCGCCAAAGGUUUGCAAUGAAAAAGAUUAACCGGCAGAACCUGAUCCUGAGGAAUCAAAUCCAGCAGGUGUUUGUUGAGAGAGACAUCUUGACAUUUGCAGAGAACCCAUUCGUUGUCAGUAUGUUCUGCUCCUUCGAGACACGCCGACACCUCUGCAUGGUCAUGGAAUAUGUGGAAGGUGGUGACUGUGCCAAUCUUCUUAAAAACAUGGGCCCACUGCCAGUCGAUAUGGCCCGAAUGUACUUUGCAGAGACUGUUCUGGCUUUGGAGUACCUUCACAGCUAUGGCAUAGUACACAGAGAUCUGAAACCUGACAACCUCUUGAUAACCUCAAUGGGACACAUUAAGCUGACAGACUUUGGCUUGUCCAAGGUUGGCCUCAUGAAUAUGACAACUAAUCUCUACGAAGGUCAUAUUGAGAAAGAUACCAGGGAGUUCAUCGACAAACAGGUGUGUGGCACUCCUGAGUACAUUGCACCAGAAGUAAUUCUACGACAGGGUUAUGGCAAGCCAGUAGACUGGUGGGCAAUGGGAGUCAUCCUUUAUGAGUUUCUGGUGGGCUGUGUACCCUUCUUUGGAGACACACCAGAAGAACUUUUUGGCCAAGUAGUAAGUGAUGAGAUUAUCUGGCCAGAUGGAGACGAUGCUUUGCCAGUGGAUGCCCAGGACAUGAUUACACGUUUACUGAGCCAAAGUCCCCUUGAAAGGCUUGGAACAGGAGGAGCAACAGAAGUCAAACAGCACAUGUUUUUCAUUGGUGUGGACUGGAAUGGGCUGCUGCGCCAAAAAGCUGAAUUUAUCCCUCAGUUAGAAGGAGAGGAUGACACGAGUUAUUUUGACACUCGAUCCGAUCGUUACCAUCAUUUGGGUUCUGAUGAUGAUGACGAAACCAAUGAUGAUGAGUCUUCCCUUGAAAUUCGCCGGUUCUCCUCAUGGUCAAAUCGUUUCAGCAAGGUUUAUAGCAGCACAGAAUAUCUGGCCACACCAUCCAACCUGAGUUUCUCAUCUGACCGGAGUCACAGUGAAGAACAUGAGGACCGCACAGAAGGCAGAGAGAGCCACUCCCCAGUAGAGAUGCGCAGACAGAGCAGCACAGGAGCCCAGGACAACAGGAGACUCUCUGGACAAAGAGCAUGCUUACGUCCACGAGCCUCGUCCAGCUCCUCUCAGUCUGAUAGAUGUGUGAGCCCUCUGGUGGUGAGCAGCACACACAGCCUGGAGACCAUGCCACGCUUUGCACUGUCCACAGAUGAUGAAGCAGAGGUGGUUGUGUCCAACUUGCGGCGAAUCAGACUGCGAAGUAACAGUACAGGAACAAAGCACUCCUCUCCAAGGGAACAUGGGAGUCCACGAUGCUUUGGCAACCAGCUCGAGACCCCUGACAGGCAGCGUCUCUCUCCAGGGGGCAAAGUGCCAAAAUCUGCCUCCAUAUCAACACUCUCGCUGAUUAUUACUCCUGAUGAUACGAGUGGAGGUCUUCAGCCAAGCCCUAUUUCUCCACACUCCAUUUCCUCCAAUCCUUCCUCCAGAGAUUCGUCCCCAAAUAGAGACCUGUCCCUUAGCAUCAGUUGUCUACGUCCACCCAUCUUCAUUCACAGCUCAGGCAAAAAAUAUGGAUUCACUCUUCAGACCAUCCGUGUCUACAUGGGCAACAGUGACAUCUAUACCAUCCACCACAUGGUCUCGAGUGUGGAGGAAGGCAGCCCUGCUCAUGAAGCUGGUCUGAGAGCAGGAGACCUGAUUACUCAUGUGAAUGGAGAGUCAGUGCAGGGCCUGGUGCACACAGAGAUGAUGGAGCUGCUUCUCAAGAGUGGUAACAAAGUGGCCUUGCAGACCACUGCCCUUGAGGAUACAACCAUAAAGAUUGGGCCAGCGCGGAAAACAAGUUACAAAGGCAAGAUGGCUCGCCGCAGCAAGAGGAGCAAGAGAAAGGACAAUCAGGACCGACGACGAAGUGUGUUGAAGAAGCUGUCCAAGCAGAGCACUGUGAUGCACAGCAGCCGCAGCUUCUCUUCUGGCCUCCAUCACUCUGUAUCCUCCAGCGAGAGUCUACCUGGCUCCCCCACACAUAGCCUGUCCCCAGGCCCCUCCACGCCCUGCCGCAGCCCUGUCCCAGACCACUGCUCUGAUGCAAACCUCCCCCAGAGUGCCUCCCCAUGCUCCAGCUCUCCAAGUUCUCCAGCUGUCCAGAUGCGGCCGAGCUCUCUGCAUGGCCUUGGCCCCAAACUGAGCGCACAGCGCUACACUAAAGUGGGCCGGCGGAAGUCUACCAGCAGCAUCCCUCCCUCUCCGCUGGCCUGCACGUCCUCUCCCCAGGCCCUGUCUCCCCAGCACUCUCCUUCCCAAUUGCCCAGCAUCACCAAGACCCUUCACUCCUUCCAUGGAAAGACACUGUCCCCACCAACCAUAGUCCGGCAUGGUGUUCGCCCCCGGGGCACCGAGCACCCCGUCUCGCCACUUCUGAAAAGAGUGCAGUCUGCUGAAAAGCUCUCUGGGGUCUUUCACGGGGACAAAAAGGCACAUGCCUCACGCAGGCACACUCUGGAGGUCCCUCACUGUGAAGUGGAAGUGGGUGGGGACGGUGGAGAGAUGGACGUGUCUUACUCGCUUGAUCACGGCAGACUGAGUGGACAGAAGCUGCGUGAUUGGCCAGGAGAGCGCAUGGAGCAGAUCGUGGUGAUGCGUAAGCUGAAUCUGUCUGAGCGCCGUGACUCUUUCAAAAAGCAAGAAGCCGUCCAAGAGGUGAGUUUCGAUGAGCCAGAUGACCAAAGGGCUGGACAGACCCCUGCCCCGACUGUCAUGACUUCCACGCCAGCUGCUGGCGCUCGGCCCAAGCACAAGGCUGAGUGGGUGGUGGUAGACUCGGAGUGUGGAGAGGAGUGUGUGGUUAAGAGGGUCCCUCUGGUGCCCCAGAUUGCUGUGCAGGGGUCAGAGAGUGAAGAGCUAGAGGACUGGCAGCCAUGCUCAGAUGAUGAGGAUGAGGGGAAAAGCUCAGAGUUGAAUUCAACAGGGGACUCACAGACUGAGUCCACAGGAAGGCCAGAAAGUGCAUGCUCUUCCAAAAAGGCAUCAGACAGCUCAGCAGCUGCAUCCACAAGCACAGCUCACAGUGUUUAUACAGAAGCCUCAAACAUGAGUCCAAGGAAGGGGAAACCCAAAGAGAAAUGACAAGGCAGAAAGUUGUCAUUUUGAAAAUCUUGUCUCUUUUCAGGAGUAGACAAGCAAGUGGCCUGUACCCACUAAUUCUUGCUCCUGCUGAAUGGUUUGUCUUGGCAGUGUUCAGAGAGCAGCUGGGUUGGAGUGCUAGUUAGCAUUUUGUACAUUUAAUUUGAAAAUGAAGCUAGAUUUUUACAGGGAAUAUUUAUAACUUUUUUUUUUUUAAGUGCGUGUUUGAAUUCUCAUGAUGGUGAAAACGAAACCUGAUGGUAACCAGACAGUCUUUUAAUCUAAAGAGGUGACUGCUUGACUUUUCUAUGGAAAUGUAUUUUCAGGCAGAAUGUUUGUGCUAAGGGUGGCUAGCAUAGCAAAUGAUCCCAUAGCUGGGUGUGAGAAGUUAUUACAAUUCAAAGAGGCCUAAACAUGGCAACACACCCAUUUGAUUUGUUAGUUUUCAGCCUGAACUUGUCAGUAUUUUCUGCUCAUAUCCAGCUAAUAUAGUAUAUGUUCUUAUGGCUUGAUGCACCGAGUUUACUUAGUUUCAGUGUAGUUCUCACAAGAUUUACUUCAUUAUGCACCAUCUGGCCACACUUGGAUUAAGUGUAUUUUGGCUCAGGGCUUUUGGCUGUAGGGAUUUCACUGUUCACUUGGCAUUUGGAAACAACAUUACACACAUUACCAACAGAUUUUACGUUAUAUAGAGUUCCGUUUACUGGAUAUUGUGGUGCAGCAAGGUAACUUAUAGAUGUAGUUUUAACCAUUUGACCUGAUUUAACUCUUGUACAUUCAUGUGUGUCUUUUGAAAACUAUACCGACUGGAAUAGUGCAUUUCCAUGGUUGAACUUGAACACAUACCAUGCUUCAGGGGUGUCCAAGGUUUUAUGUGUGUCCUGAAGAUGAGCUGUUUUAAUUUUUGCAGUUGUCCGCUCCCUUUAAAGGAUUUCAAAAAUAUGUCUUCACAAUGCAUUUUAUUGUAAACUCCAUUACAGUUGCAAUUUUUACUUGACCUCCCAUGUUUUUUAUGUCACUUGAUAUGCUUAAUUUAUGCAUGCAAUUCUAAUGUGGUUUCUAAGCCAUAUUGUCUGCUUUCCAUGCGUUAUCUAACUACCUUUUGUAUAAGGCAAUGUUUACAUUUUUUUUUAACCAACUUGAAUUUCUCUUGUGCAAAAGCUCGAUAUGUAUGCACCAUGUAUGUUUAACUUGCCCAUACCUACUGAAUGUUCAGUAUGCUUGAACCACACAUAGUGGGAGCAAAGCACAAGAAGGAGCCUGAAGCUUACUGUAAAGGUUUGCUGUUGGAAGGAAAGUUGUUCAGCAACACCAUCUCACAAAUAGUCUUGCCCUGGAACUGGACGUUGCUGUUUGUUUGUCUGUCUGAGAAAUCCUCUAAAAGUUACUAGGUUUAUUUUCGGAUUUGGGGGGGAAUAUGCCUGUUUUUCAAAAAAGAGAAGGGUCUUCUCUUCCACAAUUACAAGAAACCCAAAGCGUAAUAUUUUCAUUGCAUGGUACUAAAGUUGAUUGCAUACGCUGUGGUUGUUUCCGUUCUAAUUGGUCAUUUGAUAAAGACAAGAGGAGGUGGAACACAUGCUAUGAAGGGUUAACAGAACAUUUUUUAUUUUUUUAAAACCACUUGGGUACUUUGGAGUCUCUGUUGUACUGUUAUAGUGCAUAACUGCAUAUUGCUACUAUAUUUGGUGCUACUUGGAUCUGUAAUGCAUUCCAUGUUUGUAGUUAAUAUCUUUUACACAUAAAGGCUAACUUUGAGACCUUCUGAUAUUUGCAUGCUGCAUGUAUUUUAUAGUGAGCACACAACAAAUGCUCGCAUGGCAUUCUCAGUGCAAUGUGUCUCUUGGUGCGAUCUAACUAAGCCUCUGACUUUCCGUAAAACUUUCAGUGGAUAUAAUCGUAAAAUCAGUUACAUAAUCCGGUGUGUUUAUUUGAAUGUUUUUGCUGACAUUAUGUUGUGGAUAUAAAGUGUUUGGUCUUUCCUAACUAGCUGAGUAGCACCUGAACCUCUUUUUAAAAACCAUUCUGAUGAAAGAAUAAAGAGCUCAAUAGUCCCAGCUUUGUUUCGUCCCUUCCAUAUCUGGUCACAAUGAAAUAAUGAAAGUUAUGAAGAUGACCAGCAAAUCCUGUUUUUGUACCUUUAUAUGCAAUAGUGAUGUUCCUCUUCCUCCGUUUCUUGAGAACUAUUGGGGUUGUUGGUUUGGUCUGUGCUGGUUUGUAAAAAUAAAAAACAAAAAACUUUUAUAUAUAUUUUGUAAUGUUGUAAUACCUGUUUGCCAGCCUAAUCAAUGUUUUGUAAUAAAUCAUGAUGUGUUGGUUCUAAACACUGAAUACUAUUCUUCCCUAGUUAUUAACCAGUGUGGGCUAAUGCAUUGGAUCUGACCCAAACUGAGACUGAUUAAAAUGCAAACGAAUUGUU